AUGCAGCAGAAAGAACCCGAAAAUGAGGCAAAUCCUUCGGAUUUGUCGCUGCGGACGAACAAGCUGCGAUACUUGAUUUUGCUGCAGCGCCUGGGUCUCGAGCUGCCGUCUGAUGACGCGAGAAUCCUUGAUUUGAGGCGGCAGCUCCACGAGGUCACUGCUGAGCUCGACUUCAAAAAGGUCUCGUAUGCCCAGGUGAUAGAAAAGGCCCGGCAGCAAGACAAGUCGCUGCAGCAGCAGCAGCAGCAGCUGCAGCAGCAGCUGCUGCGGUUCGAGAAGUUCAUCGCCACCAACACCGAAAAGACCCUCCGAGCGAACCAAAGAGCAGCAGCAGAAAAGGAGACACUUAAGAAGAAGGAGACAGAAUUAAAAAGACUAAAGAGAGAGUUGGAGCUGCAGGAGUUGCUGCUGCAGCAGCAGCAGCAGCAGCUAGCGGACUGUGGGUCUGCGGGCCAGCUGCCAGGGCGCCCCGGAGGCCCCGGAAGCCCCACGCCCCUCAAAUAA